AUGCAGCGUCCGGUACUCCUGCCGUGCUUGAAUCGAGGGGGCGCCAACAGAGAAGGCGACGAGGAAGGUAGCGGCGGCCCAGAGGAAGGCGCCGGCGGCGAUGACGUGGGCCCGAUUGUGGCGGACGGCGAGGUAGGCGGCGAGCGGGUAGCAGGAGGACUGGACGAUGGAUCUGAAGAGGGUGAGGGAGCCGAGGCGAGUGGGGUCGGCGUGGAGGGCGGCGCCGACCUCCUUAUAGACCCCCGGCAGCAGGGACUCGUCGGCCCGCUCCAUGAUUCCAGCGAGAUUGACCAGGACGAGGGUCGCCGUCUCCGAUCUCAUCAUCUCUUUCAGAUUCCCCAUUCAUCAGAGUCGAUAUGCCCACCAGCGUUGACUUUGACUGGACACCGAAUUUUUGUUGUUUGA